GCUUAGUGACGCGCCUGAGCUGAGCCUUUUUUCUCAUAAGAAGCGCUAAAAUUCACCGAAAAUAUUUACACUUUUCAAGUCGUCUCAUCGUCACCGUCUUCUCGUUUCGUGAACGUUAUCGUCGGUUAUCUUCAUUCGCUGGGAAAGCGCGCAAACCUGGUACAAUUCUUCCGCAAAACAGAGGCCCUCAAUGGCCAUUGUGGCAUUGAUUUGUGGAGAGUAGGAAUUUCAUACGCGGUGAAAAAAUCGGCCUCGCCAUGGAGUUGCUUCCCGAUAAACCGAAAUCGGCGUCGCAUCUUCAGAAGGAGGAGUUGGUGCUUAUAUUUGAGGAAUACCAGCAGAAAAUGAAGCUGGAAAGCUUGGAUGAGAGCAAGGAGCGUCAAAAAUUCUGGAGCGAAGCAACACAACGCCUGAACAAGCUAGAAGGUGGUACCCACAAAUCGACCUCCAAGUGGGUAAAGUACUGGGCGGACGUUAUCAUAAACCUGCGCCGAAAGAGCCGACUGGUGAUUGAAGGCCGCUCCAAGCGCAUCGGACCCACGCCACUGGAGGUGCGCAUACUGCGGGCCGGAAAUUGCUACGAUGUGCUCGAUCAGUGGACAAAAGCGGUCGAUAACGGUGGUGGCGACAAUGCUACCAUGAGCAGCGAGGAGUACUUCCCCGAAGAUACCGGCGUGCAAAAGGAGGAAAUUGUGGUAGAAAACUACACCGAAGAUCAGCUGGACGAUGAGUUUGUGGCCACCUUUGGCAAGAGUGAAGAUGCCAUCCAGCAGCAGACCGUUACCACCGAGCUGCACAUACGCAAGCCUUCGAUGGCGGAGCUGAAGACCAUGGCGCAGCAGCCCGCCCCGACAGAGUACGUCGAGCUGGCUUCGGUGAGUCCUAUCAGUGCCACGAGUGAAUUCCUACGACCCAAAGUUACACCGCUAAGUACAGCACCGCAUCAGCAGGCUCGCCUGAAAGAAGAUCUCAAACGCACCUCCGAGAAGCUGGAAACGGUCAUGAAGAAGCGAAAAAUUGACGAUUCCAAGCUAGUCAUCGCCCAGGCACUUACCAACAUGUCCUCGGCGAUGCUGGCACUUUCGCACGGUCUCAACGAUCUGGCACAGGCGCUAACGAAUGGUGCCAUGUCGUGAGGACGCGGAAGCUAAGCCCCGCAUGACGCAAUCGUCGGAUUCUCGAAAACCGUUGAUUAGUUUUUAAGUUUUAAACACCGCAAUACACAGAGGGUUUAAAUGAUUUGGAUACGCGAGUAUGUGAAUAGGACCUGGUAGCUGCAACACAAAAACGGUACGACGAAAUAAAUUGUAUCAUUUUUUAUUUCAUAA